CUGUGAAGUCUGUAUUAUAAUACAGACUCUCUCCUGUAUCAACAAAUAAGUCCCAGUUGUAGCACAAUCUAAAACCCUACAUUUACAGUGGUUGUAAUGGUUUCAACCAUUGUAUGUUGCUGUAUAACGUCAUUUAUCAAAGCAGCCAUCUUCUCCAUCGUCUGAGCUGCUUCCUGCCACUGCUGCUCUUACGUAUGUAAAACAGGAGCUGUGAGGUUUCAUGUCAGUCACUCAUCUGCAUUUCUCUUUCUACUUACCCAUACCUCCCUCUCUCUCUCUCUCUCUCUCUCCACCUCUCUCUCUCUCUCGCUCUCUCUCUCUUUCGUAAGAGGAAAUGUCCAUGCUCUACAGGGUGCAGUCACUUGCAGGAAAAAGAGAGUGCAAGGCAAAGUGGGAGGAUGCUUACACACGGGUAGCACACUCAACCACAGACGGUUGAGCAAGGCUGUAAGAGAGUGAGGGAGCAAAGCGAGUGCAAAGACAGACAGAGAGGGAGGGAGGGAGAGAGUAAGAAAGAGAGAGGCUGAGUCUGAAGCGUCUGUCAAAGAGAGGAGGUCAUUCAGGGUCUGCGAGCGUCUUGUUGCUGCAGCCAGGAGAUCUUCUGCUGUUGUUUACUCAGGUCUCAAGGGAUGGAUGGACGCUCACACACAUAAAUGCCAGCCUAACUGAGCUGUCGCUGCAACCAGGAUUUGAAUCAAACCAUCAGCACUGCAGUUUGUGUCGCGCGGUUGGACUUCACAGCAACACAGAGGAGGCUGAAAGCAGGAUGUGGUAUUGAAUGGGUUCCUUUAAGAGCGUUUGUUUGUGGGUAUAACAGGUGCUCUCAGGUGAGCGAGGUUCAUUUGAAACCAACCUGUAAACUGACUCCAUGACACCAAAGUGUGCCUAUGUGCAUGUGUGAGAAGGUUGCAUGCUAUGGAUGAGUGUGUACAUGUGUGUAGAUUUAACUGCAGAUGACCAGGUGCAUAUACUCUUCGGCAUCUGUGUGUUUGUGACACUGGUGUCAGAGUGUACACAUCAAGAGGAAGUGACACGUCUAUGCUUACUCUCAGAUUUCCUGCUCCCCUCUCCGGUGACACACAAAUUGCCGAAUCUGAGCCGAGUUCACCUGUCUCGCCUUCUCAGGUGGGACUUAAACUCUCUGGAUGCAUCAGCAGAGGAGCGCUGCCUUUUUCUGGAUGAGUAAAGGACAUUUAGAUGCGUUUAGACUCUGAUUGUGGCUGAGUGUCACAUCAGCCCUGCCUUUCGAGAGAAACCAGCACUUCCUCAAGCUGUCAGCCUGCCGCUCUGGUGCUGCUUUAGUGCCAGAGGCCAUCUCUGGACCUCUCCAUGACUGUCAACACAGUGCUGACCCCCUCCAUGACCAGCAGUAACAGCAUGAGCAGCGGGUACUGCAGCCUGGACGAUGAGAGUGAAGACUUCACUUUCUUCACAGCCAAGACCUCGUUCUUCCGCAAACCAAGGAAUGCAGUGAAGCAGAGUGAAGCAAAGGAGGAAGAGCAGGGAGGAACAAAAGACCUGCCAGAAGAAGAAGUGCAGGCCAGGAUAGAAGAGUAUAACGCUCAAGUCUCUGAAAAUGGCAUGAAACUGGCUUCAGACGGAUCCUACACAGGGUUCAUAAAGGUCCACCUGAGGCUCAGUCGACCAGUCACAGUCCCCGCUGUGGAGGCGGCGGGCUCAGAGGGAGCGUCCAGGCAAACCGGCGGCCGAAAUCGAGCGCUGUCAGAGGACCAGGAAGAGACGGACUCUGGACAGAGUGAAAAGAGAACAUCCUUCUAUCUACCAUGUGACUGUAUGAAGCAGCUCCACAUCAGCUCUCUGACCACCACCAGAGAGGUCAUCCAGGGCUUGCUGAAGAAGUUCAUGGUUCUGGAUAAUCCGCGCAAGUUUGCAUUGUACAGGCAGAUGCACCGUGAUGGGCAGGAUUUGUUCCAGAAGCUUCCUCUGUGUGAGCAUCCCCUUGUGCUGAGGUUGAUAGCAGGGCCAGACCCAGAGCUGCUCAGCUUUGUCCUAAAGGAAAAUGAGACUGGGGAGGUGGAGUGGCAUGCAUUUUCUGUCCCUGAGCUACAAAACUUCCUGGUAAUCCUGGAGAAAGAGGAGUCGGAGCGUGUGCGGGCAGUGAAGCAAAAAUAUGAAGUGUAUCGUCACAAACUACAACAGGCCCUACAACAACAUGACCCCUGACCCCUCACCUGUUAGCUUAUGACCUCAACCCAGGGACAGACUGACCCUUGGACGCUGACCCCUUAAGACCCUGUGAUCAAUUCAGAGAGCGGAGCCGGAGCCGAACUUGUUUCCAACCUCCACAUGUACACACAAACAAACAGCACAUUCCUACCCUUUCUCAGGACAUAUACAAGUCCCCACGCCACCAUCCAGUAGAUCCACUCCCUGAGGAGAGAAUCAGGGGCUGAAAGCGAUGUGAAAGGCUGCAGAGUGUGUGAUCUGCUAGCUGAUUGGACAAGUAGUGUUUUCAUUGCCAAGGACGCACACAUAAAGAACUGAAACUCCAUCGUGAGAUCUGAUUAAGAUUCCUUCUUUUUCUGCUACUGCUGCUGCUGCUGCUACUGCAAGUGUUACUUAUGCAUGAGUCUCUCUCUUAGAAUUCAAACAGAAGGCAUGAUUACUUUUUUUCUGCAUCUCUUUGGGAUGAAAGGACAAUCAUACUGAGUGUUCUUUUUUUCUUGGAAUUGAUGUAUAGGCUUAUUGCCAGAUAUAUUACAUGAGAUGUGAAUUUGUGAGGGAGGUGUUUAGGGUCAGGGUUGAAGUAUGCAGUUCUUCUCCUGAAACAAGGGUAGGAAGCAGAGAGACAGGAUAAGAAAGCGAAAUCCAUUCUCUGGUUAUUCUCAGGGAGCAUGUGUUGAGCAAAGAGAAAAUUAAAGGAGGACAGAGAAUCCUCUCCCCUACCCUACACCACACGAUUUUGGCACACAUCCGUUCUUAUUCGCCCACUUAAAUGCCAUUUGAAAGACCUCUGUGAAGGUCCCGUCAGGUGGUUCACUGACAGAGAGCUCUCCAGACAAAUACACAAUCCUGACCUCUUCUCAAAUGAUAACGGUGAUUUCAUUUCUGUUUCCUUCCCUACAGUAAAUCCUAAUCUGAUCAACCUUGCAUGAACUCCACCCACAAAUGAAGCCUUAUGAGGGAGGCAGUUCUCACACCUUUUCAGAUUUUACACUUUACAUACACCGACUGUUAUUGUAUAUGGGUUGUAGAUGAAUGUGAGAUGAUUUUUACACCAAAGCUUAGAGGGACAGAUCUAUUGAGAGGAAUUUAAAGGGACAAGAGAGAUUUAGAAAUUUAUGGAGUUAAAGAUGAUGUAUGGAAAAUUAAACCAGCUUUUGUUUUGCACAUGGUCACUGACUGGCCCACAAUUCUGGGGCUGGGCAUGCAUUUCUGUAUUCCUUAUCUUUCAGCCCCCCCCCCCAUCCCCCCCCCAAAAACAAA